AUGAAAAAUAUGAUUUUUUUAGAAAGUAUCUUUAAUUAUUAAAACAUUUUCGUUAUAUUCCCUUAGACUUUUAGGAAAUAAAAUAAUAAUUAAUUUAUAGUUUAAAAUAAAAAAAAUGGAUUUUGUGGAGGAUAGUCAAAAAAUAACAUAAAAAUUACAAAUUAAAAGCAAAUAACUUCUUAUUAUAUUUAAUAUUUUUCAGAAUUAAUUGAAUUUUAUGCUAAUAUUUAUGAUAAUAAUCAUAAACAUAAAAAAACAAAAACUAAAUUUUAUGAAAAAGAAAAAAAGCUGCUUUUAAUUAAAUAAUAAUAAUAAUUAUUAUGA